GUACUCUUCAAUCAGUUCAAGUACUUCUUCAACUUGUACUUCCUGCUGUUGGCCUGCUCCCAGUUUGUGGAGGAGUUACGCUUAGGAGCCCUCUACACCUACUGGGUCCCUUUGGGUCUGGUUUUGAUUAUCACCAUCAUGAGAGAGGCAAUUGAAGAAAUAAGAUGUUACCUUCGAGACAAAGAGGUGAACUCUCAGAUUUACAGCAAGCUUUCAACACGAGGCACAGUGAAGGUUAAAAGCAGCAGCAUUCAAGUGGGCGAUCUCAUCAUAGUGGAAAAGAACCAGCGUGUUCCUGCUGACAUGAUCUUUUUGAGAACGUCUGAAAGAAAUGGCUCCUGUUUCCUGCGGACAGACCAGCUGGACGGAGAGACGGACUGGAAACUACGCCUCCCUGUGGCCUGCACUCAGAGGCUGCCAACUGCUGCUGACCUCCUUCAGAUCAGGUCGUACGUGUAUGCAGAAGAACCAAACAUUGAUAUCCAUAACUUUAUUGGAACUUUCACCAGGGAGGAUGGAGACCCGCCUGUAAAUGAAAGCCUCAGUAUUGAGAAUACGCUCUGGGCCAGCACCGUUGUUGCUUCUGGCACAGUGGUGGGGGUUGUGAUCUACACAGGCAGGGAGCUGCGCAGCGUCAUGAACACCUCCAACCCACGACACAAGGUACCCUUACUCAGAAUGAGAUGGUGUUCAGGCGCCUCCAUCUUGGAACUGUGGCCUACGGGAUGGACUCUAUGGAUGAAGUUCAGAGCCAUGUGUUCAGUGCCUACACACAACCCACUCAUGACCUCCCAGCCUCCAGAGCUCCAGCAGCCACCAAGGUCAGGAAGACCAUCAGCAGUCGAGUUCACGAGGCCGUGAAGGCCAUCGCCCUGGUGCACAACGUGACGCCUGUGUACGAGUCCAACGGUGUGACGGACCAGGCCGAGGCUGAGCAGCACUACGAGGACACGUGUCGGGUCUACCAGGCGUCCAGCCCAGAUGAGGUGUCACUGGUGCAGUGGACCGAGAGCGUUGGGCUGACACUGGUGGGGAGAGACCAGUCCUCCAUGCAGCUGCGGACCCCUACUGGACAAAUCCUGAACUUCACCAUCCUGCAGAUAUUUCCUUUCACCUAUGAGAGCAAGAGGAUGGGCAUCAUUGUGCGAGAUGAAUCGACAGGAGAAAUCACUUUCUACAUGAAGGGUGCUGAUGUGGUGAUGGCAGGCAUCGUCCAGUACAACGACUGGCUGGAGGAGGAGUGUGGAAACAUGGCGAGGGAAGGGCUGAGGGUCCUGGUGGUUUCUAAGAAGUCCCUGACCGAGGAGCAGUAUCAAGACUUUGAGGCUCGAUACGUCCAGGCCAAGCUGAGCGUCCAUGACCGCUCCCUGAAGGUGGCCACGGUCAUCGAGAGCCUGGAGAUGGAGAUGGAGCUGCUGUGCCUGACGGGGGUGGAGGACCAGCUCCAGACCGACGUCAGACCCACCCUGGAGAUCCUCCGUAACGCAGGCAUCAAGGUCUGGAUGCUGACAGGAGACAAGCUUGAAACGGCCACAUGCACGGCUAAGAACGCCCACCUGAUCACCCGCAGCCAAGACAUCCAUAUCUUCAGACAGGUAAGACACGACAAGAAACCUUUCUGUGCACCUGCCCUCUCAGGGGAUUCUGAUGUUUGUCUGAAGUAUUACGAGUACGAGUUCAUGGAGCUGGCCUGUCAGUGCCCCGCUGUGGUUUGCUGCCGGUGCACCCCCACCCAGAAGGCUCAGAUAGUCCGUCUGCUGCAGGAGCACACGGGCAAGCUCACCUGCGCCGUGGGGGAUGGAGGAAACGAUGUCAGCAUGAUCCAGGAAGCGGACUGUGGCGUGGGAGUGGAGGGAAAAGAAGGGAAGCAGGCGUCUCUGGCUGCAGACUUCUCUGUGACUCAGUUCAAACAUUUGGGUCGCCUCCUCAUGGUCCACGGUCGGAACAGCUACAAACGAUCUGCAGCCCUCAGCCAGUUUGUCAUCCACAGAAGUCUGUGCAUCAGCACCAUGCAGGCAGUUUUCUCCUCAGUUUUCCACUUUGCUUCAGUCCCACUCUACCAGGGAUUUCUGAUCAUCGGCUACUCUACCAUCUACACCAUGUUCCCAGUCUUCUCUCUGGUGUUGGACAAAGAUGUGAAAUCAGAAGUUGCCAUGUUGUACCCAGAGUUGUACAAAGAUCUGUUGAAGGGAGCAUCAUCAUGUACGGRGCGCUGCUGCUCUUUGAGUCUGAGUUUGUCCACAUUGUUGCCAUUUCCUUCACCUCCCUCAUCCUGACCGAGCUGCUGAUGGUGGCGCUGACCGUUCAGACGUGGCACUGGCUCAUGAUCGUCGGAGAGCUCCUGAGCUUGGCGUGUUACAUCGCCUCGCUCAUGUUCCUGCAUGAGUUCAUAGACAUCUACUUCAUCACCACGGUGCCGUUCCUGUGGAAGGUGACCACCAUCACACUGGUCAGCUGCUUGCCCCUUUACAUCCUCAAGUACCUGCGGAGACGCUUCUCUCCACCCAGUUACUCCAAGCUGACCACCUAAGAAACUGCACCCAGACCCAGAUCCUUUCCUUUGGUCUGAGACGGUGCUGGACAGGGACAGAACUGGUUACUGAGUUGGACCCAUGGACUGGAUGAUCCCUGUGUUUGGGUUUAUAAAGCCUGUCUGCAGUAAACCGCUGAAAGACGAGCAGAAGUGUAAAUGUGUAGAUGUCAUGCAGCUGUGGAGCCUGAAUAUCAGCCCCUGUCCUCAGUAGUUUGUGUAGGCCCAGCAUGUUUCAGAAGGACUCACAGCAGGACACUGUCUGCUUCUCUAUCAAAGUUCAGUGAAAUUCUCUCCUAUUUAGGAGAGAAUUUCACUGAACUUUCACUGCACUGAGGUUUUUUUUUUAAGAGAAAAACAAACUGAGGUUAAAAAGUCUUGCUUGUCAUUUUCCUGAAACACAGCGUUCUAAUUACAGGUUGAUAAUGUUGUGGUUAAAAAGGCUUGACUGCCUGGACGCUUCCUAAAAAGCCUGUUUAGGUCUGUUUGUUGACGUGUCAGCCUGGAGGGGGCGUGGCCUCUUCUUUUAGCUGCGUCUGAUGUUAAAUCUGUCCGUGUGUCUUUGUUUGGACUCUGACUCGUUGUGUUUGUGGAGUGCGGUCAGAGCGCUGCUGCUUGUUUUACAGCUGCAGACCUCCUGACAGGCUGGGGUCUGCAGGGGGACCAGCAGGACCAGCAGGACCAGGAUGACUCCUGACAGUCACUUAAAGCCAUAAGUAAGAAAGCAUCCUGCUGCUCACCUUCAUGUAGUUAAUCCAGGACCCCCAUGACGACUCCUUUAAUCCCAUGAGAUGAUGUCACAGUCCAGUAUUAAUAAACUAACAGGUUAUUUUACUAACAGGCUGCAGGACCUCUCCCUACAUUAAACUGCUGUAAAAAGGAGAACUAAAACCAGGACCUGAGUCCAGGGUGMCAAACUGAAUCAGAUCUUUAAAUGUUUUUUUUAAUAAAAACUGAGUUAAUGAAGCUGUUUGCACWUUUUUAAACUAUGUUUUUAGUUUGUAAAGAACUGUUCAGGACCUGUCUUUGUGUUUGAUUCUGUUUUAUUUCACGGUGCUGCUUGAACUGACAGCAGCAGAACAAAAAGGGACAACUGUGCUGUAUUAAUGUGAAUAUUAAUAAAAUGUGUUGUCUUUGACCUGGUUUCUUCUCAAUGUGGCAGAUUUUUUAUUUAUUUGUUAUAUUUCUGACAAACRGUGACGUUAAACACACUGAUCUCUGAAACCACUUGGAUCUGAMUGAAGUCAAAACAAUGUUCUGAUAAACCAAUAAAAUCACUUCGUUUAUUUCAA